AUGACAGGCCUUGUGCGCAGGAAGUUUGCGAAUUCUGCAAAAUUCAUGGGGGUAAAUGCUAAGGGACUUACUGGGCCACUCAAGGCUGCGGCUCAACCACUGAAAGCGCUUUUUGGAGGUAUGGCGAGCAUGCCUGUGAAGCUUGAGCAGGACUUUGAUGGGCUGAUCGCCAGUUCAAGCAGGGUCACUUUUGUAGGUCAGAAAGAGGCUAGACAAAAUCGUGCAUAUCGGUAUAUCUAUCAAACAUUAGUAGGCCCAGCAAACGAAGCGACAGUGCGUGUUUAUCUGGAUAUUCAUCAGUUGGGUCAUCCUGGUGUUUUUUCCAAGGAAUCAUGUGUUGUUUUGCUUAUUCUCGAGCCAUCGCAAUCCCAUGGCGAUGGACUCUGUGCGCCUCUGCAAGUCACACCAGAUCUCAAGAUUCAGGGAGGGUAUAAAGGCUUGGGUGGUGUAGGCCUAUUUCUUGGUGCGGUAGUAGCAAUCAAAGGGUGCAAUGGUGGCAGAGGUUAUUUCAUUGCAUCUGAGAUUCUAGCUAUACCCCCAAUGCCAGCAUCUCCUGCUACACCGAGUAACAUGGCAGCAAGUUUUGACAUUGGAGAACUCUUAUGA